AUGGUAAACACACGUUUAGGUCUUCCACCAGCAAGCUCAUCCGCUCCAAACCAAACCCCUCCUGAGGAUAUCCCUGUUCCUCAAGAGGAAUCAUUAGAAGUGCCAGAGCCCCAGCCGGCAGUCGUCACUGCUGGAGCCUUUGAAGAGCUCAGACAACAGGUCGCCACACUAACUCAGCUGCUAAGUCAAAGAAAUUCGCAUCCGUCACCCACACCAGCACCCCAGGGGGGUUUCAUGGUCGAUGCUCGAGCUCGAGCUCAGAGACAUGUCCCUGAUAAUGGCAGAGUAGGGGCCUCGGGCAUACCGCAUGUGACCUUGGCCUCGAGAUCAGUGACCAUGGAGUCCGGGGAACUCGCUAGGAUUAUUCAAGAAGGAAUUACGGCGGGCCUACUUCAGGGCAACAAAGGGUCAACAAGAUUCAGUCCUAACACUCCCUUUACUCCCGAAAUAUUGACAUUCCCCUUGCCAGACAGAUUUAAGUAUCCCAGGAUCAAAGAAUAUGACGGGACCACCGAUCCAAUCAAUCAUCUUAACGUAUAUAUGGACGUCAUGAAUCUACAGGUCGCACCGGAUCAGGUGAUGUGCAAGGCCUUCUCGCAAACUUUGACGAAUGCUGCUAGGGAUUGGUUCUCGACUUUAGAGCCCAACUCAAUAGCCUCGCUCUCGAAUUUAGCAGACAAGUUCUCCGCCUUCUUCGCAAGCAGUAAACGCAUCAGGAAAAUGGCAGCCUCCCUCAUGCAACUUCGACAGGGGCAAAAUGAGACCCUACGUGAGUUCAUGAUCAGGUUCAACAAGGAAAGGCUACAAAUUCCCGACCUUCAUAUAACGGCAACGGUUUCUGCCCUCACUUAUGCCAUAAGGUGUGAGGCUUUCAAAAUGUCGCUAUCCAAAACUCCGCCGAGGACAGUGAUCGAGCUUCUUACCCGAGGAGAGAAGUACAUAAAUAUGGAAGAAACAUUGAACCCGAGGAAGGUUGGACCAUCCCACGACAGGGUCGAGCAUAAAAGACAGCAUGACCCGAGCCCCCGUCAAGAACCACCUCGGAGUAAACAGAGACAGGAGGCUCCCCCGACGUCAUUCACGCGUUUAAAUACAUCGAAAACAAAUAUUUUUGAUGGAAAUCAAGGAUAUGAAGGAGCUCAAAUGGCCUGCGAGAAUGAGGAUCACGGGCAUACCACUGAAAACUGUAAAGCCCUGCAACGGGAGAUUGAAGCCCUUAUUAAAAGGGGACUUCUGGGUUCCUACGUUGGUAAUGACAAACGCCCGAAGAAUGAUGGUGGUAGGGAAAGAGGCUCUGAAGCAAAAAGGGAUGGUCAACCCACUGCUGGAAUCAUCAACAUCAUUGUCGGGGUUAUUGCAUCAGGAGGAGAUUCGAACACUGGGAGGAAGCAGUAUGCCCGGCAAUACAUGACAACCCCGAAAGCACAUCAUGGUGACCUCGAGGACAUAAAAUUUGGUAUGAAGGAUCUUGAGGGCGUGUAUUUUCCUCAUGAUGACGCCCCAGUCAUCUCUGCAAUAGUAGCAAACUUUGAGGUAAAGAGGAUCUUAAUCGACAACGGGAGUGCCGCUAACAUAUUGUCACAUGAAGCCUUCACAAAAAUGGGAAUCUCUCCCGAACAACUGAAGACAGUGAAAACCCCCCUUCAAGGAUUCGGGGGGAGGGGUAUUAUUGUUCCGGAGGGAGUGGUCGAGCUUUCACUUACCUUAGGCUCGGGUAAAGAACAGAUAACGGUGAUUACAUCUUUUCAGAUUGUCCGGUCUUCCAAGGCAUACAACGCCAUCCUGGGUAGACCAUUGCUCAAUAAGGUAAAAGCUAUUGUGUCCACCUUCCACCUUGCCAUGAAGUUCCCCACCAGUCAUGGCGUCGGGGUGGUACGCGGAAACCAAGCUGCUGCCAGACAAUGUUAUGUUACUUGUGUUCGGGAAAUAAAGACGGACGUCAUGCAAAUCUCAGAAAAGGAGGAAGAGCUCGAGAAUAGGGGGAGACUCGCUCCAGUGGAGGAGUUGUUGGAGAUAGAGCUAGAGCAAGGGAAGAAAGUAACGGUUGGUCGAGAUCUGAAUACGGCCCUCAUGACCGAACUUAUUGACUGCUUAUCCCUCAACAUUGAUGUCUUCGCAUGGAAGGUGGAAGAUAUGCUUUGCAUCGACCCCAAGGUUGUAGUACACAGGCUCAACACUAAGCCCGGAACUCAUCCAAUUAAGCAAAGAAAGAGGCAGUUUGCACCGGAACGACGACAGGUCAUAAAGGAAGAAAUUAAUAAACUGAUCAGGGCUCAGUUCAUCCACGAGGUCAAUUAUCCUGACUGGCUCGCCAAUGUCGUCCUGGUAAAAAAGGCUUGUGGUAAAUGGAGAGUUUGCAUUGAUUUUACAGACCUCAAUAAAGCAUGCCCAAAAGACAGCUACCCCCUACCUCGAAUCGACGAUUUGGUGGAUAGUACGUCGAGACACAAAUUAUACAGCUUUUUGGAUGCAUUCUCGGGUUACCAUCAAAUUCUUAUGGCCAAGGAAGAUCAAGAGAAGACGUCAUUCAUGGCCGAUUCUGCCAUAUACUGCUAUAAGGUCAUGCCGUUUGGUUUGAAGAAUGCAGGAGCAACAUAUCAAAGACUUGUCAAUAAAGUUUUUGCAGGAAUGAUCGGGAGAAAUAUUGAGGCCUACGUCGAUGACAUGGUUGUAAAGAGCAAGCAAGUGGGCAACCAUGUAAGUGAUCUCGAGGAGGUGUUCGCCACGCUGCGUAAGUACAGAAUGAAGCUGAAUUCGAAAAAAUGUGCAUUUGGCGUUGCCUCGGGAAAGUUCUUGGGUUUUAUGAUCACUCACAGGGGAAUCGAAGCCAACCCAGACAAAAUACGGGCGUUGGCAUCAAUGGAGCCACCUAAAACCAAGAAGGAGGUCCAGAAAUUAACAGGCCGUGUUGCAGCCCUCAACAGGUUUAUGUCCCGAGCAGCCGACAAAUGCUUCCCCUUCUUCAAAGUCCUCAGAGGAAACCGAAAUUUUGAAUGGGAUGAGGAAUGUGAAAGGGCUUUUCACAAACUUAAGGAAACGCUGGCAUCUCCUCCUAUUCUCACUAAACCCGAGCAUGGUGAUACUCUAUAUUUAUACUUGGCCGUAUCCCAGAAUGCAGUAAGCGGUGUGCUAGUGAAAGAAGUUAACAAAGCCCAGCAACCCAUAUACUACGUCAGUAAGGUCUUGCUCGAUGCAGAGACAAGAUAUACUUUGGCAGAACAGCUUGCUCUUGCAUUGGUUGUGGCAGCACGGAAGCUCAGACAAUAUUUUCAGUCUCAUCCCAUAGUUGUGCUCACUAAUCAACCCCUUAAGUAUAUCGACGUUUUCGGUAGGUUACUAAAGUGGGCAAUUGAACUGGGAGAAUUUGACAUCGAGUAUAAAUCCCUACCAUCUAUCAAGACGCAGGCCUUGGUUGACUUUAUUGCAGAACUCACCCCAAGGCCUCGGGGGCCAGGGGAUAACUCGGGCAAUCAUACUUCAGACACUUGGAACAUCUUUGUUGAUGGAGCAUCCAAUUCGUCAGGUUCCGGAGCCGGGGUUAUCAUCACAAGCCCUGACAAACUCGUGGAUAUUCAAUGCUCACUCAGGUUUGAGUUUGAAGCUACCAACAACGAGGCCGAAUAUGAGGCCGUCAUUAUCGCCCUUGAGCUCGCCCGAAAUCUUGAGCUGGAGCAUAUUAAAAUUUUCAGCGAUUCUCAGCUUGUGGUCGGCCAGAUAGAAGGUACGUUCAAAAGGAAGGAGGAGAAGAUGAGUUUGUAUUGUCUAAAAGUCCAUGAUCUCCAGCAACAAUUCAAAAGUUGCGAAAUCAUAAAAAUUCCGCGGGCUGAUAACGAUAAAGCUGAUGCAUUAUCUAGACUGGUAUUCAUGGGAAUCGAUGGGCUAGAGAGGACAGUCUACGUGAAAUUGGUAAUGGAGCCUAGUAUCACUCAGGGAGUUGGAGUCAUGGACAUUGAUCAUGAGCCAUCAUGGAUGGGCCCAAUUGCAGAGUUCAUAAAUAAUGGAAAUCUACCUGAGGACCCCCGAUUGUCGAGGAGUAUAAGAUCUCGAGCAUCUAGGUACUGCAUGAUUGGAGGAGUACUAUUCCGAAGAAGUUGCACACUUCCAUAUCUCAGAUGCCUUAAACCCUCAGAAUCAUCCCGAGCUCUAGCUGAAGUUCAUGAAGGUGUAUGUGGGAAUCACCAAGGAGCUCGGGCCUUGGCCUUCAAGCUUAUAAGGUAUGGGUACUACUGGCCCACCAUGAAGAAAGAUGCAUCGGAAUAUGUCAGAAAAUGUGACAAAUGCCAGAGGUUUGCCAACGUCAUCCAUUCUCCAGCUGAGGACCUCACAACCCUAACAUGUUCGGCCCCUUUUGAACAGUGGGGAAUUGAUAUCCUCGGGCCUUUUCCGGUGGCAAGAGGACAAUUAAAAUUCGUGGCAGUGGCAGUAGAAUACUUCACGAAGUGGGCAGAAGCAAAACCUUUGGCAACAAUUUCGGAGCCUAAACUUAGAGCUUUUGUAUGGAAAUCUAUUGUUUGUAGGUUCGGGAUACCAAAGAGCAAUGGUCUAGCCGAGGUCACAAAUCGGAUUAUAUUGCAAGACCUCCGGACAAGACUCGGGGAUGCCAAAGGUUAUUUGUCCGACGAGCUCCCCUCAUUACUCUGGACGUACAAAACUUCGCAUAAAACUACGACGGGUGAAACCCCUUUCAUGCUAGCAUUUGGCAUUGAGGCCACCAUCCCAGUUGAAAUCAGUUUUCCCAGCCUAAGAAGAAUGAUGCCCGACUCUCUGGAACGUACGACAGAACAUUUGGACCUCCUUGAGGAGGUUCACGAACAAGCAACACUGAGAGUAGCCUCUUACCAAAGCAGAGUGGCAAGGCAUUUUAAUAACCGGGUCAGAUCUCGGAAGUUCAGGGCUGGAGACCUCGGGCUGAGGAAGGCCGAAGCUGCUAGUCAUGCUCCCGGAAAGCUCGGGCCAAUUUGGGAAGGACCAUUCGAAGUCAUACGGCAAAUUAGAAGAGGGUCUUACAGCCUAAAGGAUACCUCGGGUAGACCUCUUCCAAGGCCUUGGAAUGCCGAUAAUCUGAAAAUAUAUUACAAGUAA